GGCACCACCAUCUAUCAUCAUCCAAAGAAUAAGCCCCCGACUUUCUUUGCCUGCCUGUCUGUUUCUCUCGCACCUUCUCUUUGCGUAUAUCCUGCUUUGCUCUUAGCGGCCAAGCAUUCUUUUCUUUCUUUUCCGAAGCUCUUCGUCAAGAGCUUCCUUCCGCAAACGUCCUUCACAAUCACUUGCAUUUCUUUCAAGCCCGGCUUGCUUUCCUAUCAUGUCCGUCCGACACUCUUCUUGAUCUCUUCUCACUGCCAAUCUUUUCGUCAAAGAUUUGCCAUCGCGUCUGAUGAGAAAGGUAAUCCCAUCCCCUUUUUGCACAAGCCCAGCCAUCCUCUACUAUCCUUCGUCUCGCAAUCCCUCUGUCUGACUCGGAUCGACUAGCUGCUUUAUGUGGCCAACCGAAACACAGUCAAACAACCGUGUACACGUGUUGUGCUUGUGUCCCUGCAAACCAGGCGUCUUCUUGUAUCGUUUGGUGGCUGACUGCGUCGCAGUGAGUGAGGAGCAACACUUGCGCUUGACUGUGCGCUUGCAUCAUAAUUACCACUCAGUAUUCUGGAAACUCACCUCCUUUCGUCUUCAAACUAUCUUCCUCAACCAUCAUCCGCUAGCCUGCUUAAAACCUGAUGAAGGCUCGACAUUCACUUAAGAAGAGUUGCGAAGGCUACCCGGGAGGAGCCGCCAUGGACGCCCAGACACCGAACGCUGCUGGGAGCAGCGUUCCUUUCAGGCCGGCCGGAGCGUAUUGUUCCCUCCCCACGGCCGACGAUGUCGAAACCAUGCCGGGCGUUUUGGACACGACAACGGCAUGGCACCCUGCAGAGUCUACCAGUUACGACGGAGAACAACAACCGAUCGACAAAAGCACAGGCAUAGAAAGAGAAGAACCUUCGAGUGCAGCGUGGACCUCGCAUACCGCAGAAAGGGCUAUCCCAGAGCAGCUUGCUGAUCUUCUCAUGGAGAUCAUUCCAGGCAUGGAUGGCGCAAAGCUGGGGGAAGCGUUCCUAUGCGCAGCUGAUCUGCCUCCUGUGACGAAGCAAUCACUGGGUGAACUGGACAUCCAGAAUAUCAUAACAAACAUCAAAUUACGGCACGACGUCAACUUCGACAAGGAUCUGAGCUUCCGACCAAACCUCGAUGGACCCAAGGGACAAGAGAAGAGAAGGCAUUCGGACAAUUAUUGGCGGGCGCUGGUUGCUGAGAUGGAGUUGUACACUUUGCUGUUUCAGAGGGCACCCUCAAUACAGAACGUGGGAGAAGCAAAGUGGACGGCAUUAGUUCAGCAUGCGCAACGCAGAAUACCAAAGGUGUUUAGGACAUUGCACGAAGUAUUGGAGAGCCUUGUGCCGGAUCGGGAUCACGCAAGAGUAACCGAGCACUUCGACGUGGGUAUGCUCAUGCAGGAAAUUGAACGUGGGGUUUGCGAUUUGGUCAAGCGGGUGGAGUGGGUCGCCAUCUUGCUCAAAGAGCAUUGCGCACCUAUGCGUGAUGGUCUCGUGGACAAGAUGGUGCAGACUACCAAGACUGGUGUGGCAAAGAAUGAUACAGGUCAUAUUGUGAAUGGACUGAAAGAGCUGUUGGGGAUAUUGGAGGCUAUGAAGCUCGAUGUUGCCAAUCACCAAAUUCGAAAUCUUAAGACGCUGCUCAUUGAAGACACCGUAAAUUUCGAAAAACACUAUCACCUGGAUCGCCUCGUUAGGGGUCGUUCGAAAGUAAACAUCGACGCGGCGCAUGAGUGGUGGACGCUUAUUGAUCAAGACUCGCGGACACACUUAUCUGCAGCAAAAGACGUAUCCCACCAUCGGCUUGAAACUUUCUCGCGGGCUGUGGUCGACCACCUUUUCGCGCAAGACAGCCGUAAAGACCUUCCAGAUACGUUUUAUUUGGAUAGAGAUAGAUUGUGGGUUCUCAAACUGGAGAUUGAUGAUCUAGUUCAUUUCGAAAUAUGUUUCGACAUGUUUGGGCAAUGCCUCAGAGAAUUCGCAUAUAACGGACCCAUCUCCAACACUGCACGAUCAGAACUACGCAACGCUCUCUCAGCCAUCAUCGGCGAAACCACCGGACACGCACCAGAAUCUUGGAUCUUCCACUCGGAGUCGUUGUCGCUUGAGAUCUAUCGACAAGCCAUCAUCCUCGCCGGUAAGCCGUUCGUAUGCGAUUCGAGCGAGCUAGGGAGAGCGAGCGACCAUCUUCAGAACAUAUUCCGCCACUACGUUACACCUUACGCUUCCAAAGUUCAGGCCGCGGUCCUCGCGCAAGUGAUGGCAUGCGCAAGCAGUUAUGCCAACGCUUCCCCGAUCGAACUGUUCAACAACCUAGUCACGCCGCCGCUAUCAACGUCUCCAGUCCUCGCUCCAACAUCACCCGCAUCUCUUCUUCAACCUACCACCAAUACGUUGUCCUAUUUCGCCGACCGGGUCGUCGAUCUUUCCUAUCGUAUCAGCCACAUAAUUCUUAUCCAUUGGCGCAUAUGGGGCCCAAUAGCGUACAUUACAGACGACAGCAAUUCUCCUACCUCUCAAUACCCCAACGACGGGGUGGCAGCAGCAAUGGAAAACAGCACACUGCAGCGAUUCCCGCCAAUACCGCACAGGCAACUGCGAAACAAGCCACUGUCGAUAUCAACAACCUCGUCCUCAACGCCAUCGUCCCCUCAUCCUCUACAUGGUAUCUCUGCACCGACGCCUCCACCGACCCUGCAUACGAAGCCGCCUCCGAUGUCCACUGAGAUUGAGCCAGAUAGCUCCAAGAGAGGGAAUUCAGACAUGGCGGGCUCGGAGCUUGGAGAAAAUAGCUCGGAAACCCAGCAUGAUAGUUCUGAGGGGAAGAGGACGCCAGAUUCUUGA